AUGAGGCACCAGACACUCACUUGCAAGAGUUCAGGCAGGGAUAUUUCGAUUGGUCGUGGAGUUGGGAAUAAAAAAAAGAGCCGACCAGCAUCAAGUGUUUCUCUAAAUGUGGACGCGGAUGCCAAUAUGGGCACCCCACUUCGUUCUAUCAGAUCACCUUUACCCCGUUGCAUACCGUCGCACAACGAAGGAGAAGUACGUAAAGAAGCUCAAAACACUUUGAACCUUGAGCCUCUAUAUCUGAAUGACGUAAAGCUGCCGACGGGGCCCGAGGAGGGCAUGAGGCCUGCUGGUUUAGACGGCCUUAAAUUUCCGAGCCUUGAGGAAGAGGGAGCGAAUUGCCGCACGACAUCUGAUCAGGGGGGAGGGGACACCGACAGAAAGGUAAUGAUCACGGAUGACGUUUUGCAUAGCAUUUUCCAGAGGCUGAGCGCGUUAGAAGGAGCUGCUUGCGAGCGGAAAGAGAUGAACGAAUGGGAUAACCCCAAGACACCUUCCUGCUCGCUUAUGGUGGGGCUUCCGCCUGAGAAGGAGGAUAAGCAUUAUGAUAGUGGGAGUAGUAUGCCACAGUUUGUGAAUGGGAUCUCGAGCACACUAAAGCAAGUUCCAUCUCUAAGUGCGUCGGUGCUGAGCAUCCCUUCACGUUCAUCGAUGCGCUCGUCACUUACGGCAGGGUGCACAAGGACACCGCCAGUGGAUUCAUCUUCGUGCAAUGAGGCGACCGAGGAGAGUGACGGCGGGGAAAACGAAUGGGUGAGGGUUUCGAACGUCGGAAAGUCGUCCAACUUGCGGCAAAACUUUUGCAAAGGCAUGAGUCUCAGCUCGGUCUCGCUUACGCUCACCCAGGAGAUCGCUAAGGUAAUGCUCCAGAUGCGGAAAAUGAGGAAACGCACCAAGACUCUUGGUCGUGGACUACGAGAGGAGGUCCGAAGGCGCGAGCUGCUGGAGCGAAACACUUCUCACGUCAUCCACCAUCUCUUUAAGCUCGUCCGAUUCCUUGAGCAGAGAGUAUGCUCCUCUAGUGCGAGUCAUAGUGAGGGCAAAGAAAUUCCAGCAGGUGAAGGGGAGGGGGAGCAACAGAUCUUGAUGUCCCUCUUGAACACCGACGUAACCGCGACUACGGACCUUUCUGCGUUACCGACUUUGCACGAGUCCAGAUGCCCUUCAAGGGAAUCACUGUUUAAUCAAUGCCCAUCUACGAAAGGCGCCGCGCUCCCGCUCUCUGGUAUCAAGCCUGAAGAGAAGGGCAACGAAUUUGGGGGAAAUGGCGAGGUGGUUCGUGGGUUAGCAGCUCACCAAUACCCCACGGGACCCCUUCCACCCAUGCCGUGCACAUCAGGAGCCAAAAGCCGUACGAGUGCGCUUCUAUUUCCUGAUACGCUCGACGACGGUAAAGCCAGCCGCAACGACGCUUCCCAAGGCAAAGAGGGUUACCAAAGUGAACCUCAAACAGGUGAUUCAUACGACGUGUGCCUUCGGUCGAAGCAAGAGGAUCCCACUUUACUAGGAGGGACCCAGAAGCUGCCUGAGGAGUCCUUCCAACCAUUACCGAUGCUCAUGGAUGGGAGCGUUGCGGGUACUUACAGCGACUUCCCGAGUCUUAACACCACCAUGCAUUCCUCUGAGCUGAAUAACCGGGGUCUCCCUCGCGUCGAGCCUCCCUUAAUGCAGCGAAAUGGCCGCCGGAACGUGGUCAUCGAGGUCCCCACCUCCAUCGCCGAGGAGGAGAUCACGUACUUCCACGUCUCCCACCACCGUCCGACCCCUGUAGUGAUCGCGCCCCCUGCCGUCUUGGAGACCCUGCAGGACCCCCCUGGCGGUGAUCGAAACGCCAAUCGCAGGCAGGGUAGGUUUAAGAUGGGUGCCUCCUGGGCUCCGAGCGGCCGGCGAGCCCCGGUUCGCGUCUCCUGCCCCCUCCCUUCGCGUGGAAGCUACACCGGCAGUGAGAAUGGGGCCGCUGGGAAGGGAACCUGCCAUCGCACCGCCAGCAUCUCCACGGGCCUCACGCAGACCAUCUCGAUGGAGUCGUUGGCGCCAUCGCAGGCGCCCAACGUCCGGAAGCGGUCGCUCGCCACCGACGCGAUGGAGCCUUUUCCGCCCUCGAAGCUGAAGAUGCUUACGGAGACGGCGUCGUUUGGGGCCUGCAACCCACCUUUUGUCCCUUCAAACUGGGAUCGCGGGCCUCUUGAGGGGAGUGAACUGGUGACAGGCAUUCGUCAUGAUGAGGCACUGACGCUGCAAAGUUCUUUAGAUUCCUUGGAUGGUGUGACUUCCCAUGCCCUGAACAGAUUAUCUGAUCCCUUUCCCCCUGAGAGUCCAUCCGAUCCCUCUGGGAGUAUGGACGGGGUGCGACCUGAGGAUGAUUCCAAUCCCACCGCACCCGGCAACGCAAAGGAGGAAGAGAGGGGCAAGAAGGAUGGUUUCCCCCCUGCUGUGGCUCUCAGCGAGACACUCCCGUUGCCACAGUUCGCACCGAUCUUGUAUCGUCCACCGGUUAGCACCCUAAAGUGCGAUGAUGGCAACGAUUCAUUUUUGGUUUCCUUUCCAGAAUACCCCAUCAUGUCACCGCGCGGUCUGCUCAAAUUGCCGAAGGAUAGUAAGCUUAGCGGAGCUACCAAGUCUAAAAAUCGCAGCACGCCUUCCUUCCCCUCAUCGGUGCGCAUUACACAGCUGUCAACUCCGAAGCUAGGUGAGAUUAAGAGUCCUAAUGAAACCAACGAAAGCAAGUCUAUUUUGAGGGCUUUUCAAACUAUUAGCCACAUUCACGAAGACACGCCAUCGACGCUGAUGUCGUUACGAAAGUAG